CCUCAGUCCUUAGUCCCAGACAAACACGAGACACAUCAAUGGCCUAUUUGUCGAAACACCUGUCGGUCUGUACAUACAGUCAGUACCGCCAUGGAUAGUUCACCUUGGCCGCCAUCCUGCGCAGCUUGGGCAGCAGAUCACCACUGCGUAACAAGGCCUCCGAAUCAUGGAGAGCAAAUAGUUGAUACGGAGGAGCAAAAGCCCGGUUGCCUAUGCUUGUGUCAUCCCUCAUGAUGCUAGAGGACAUGUCCAUCUGCAGGAGUUGGCCGCAGGCAGGGCAGAUGUCACCACGAUAGCGAUGAAGCUGGUCCGUUUGGAAGGGGAAAACCUCUCGCGGGUGUCGCCUUGCGAUCGACAUUCCGAUGUCAAUUGUACGGCGCAUCUCAUCCACAAAAGUCUGUUGAAGUGCCUGCAUGAGACAUGUUUGCCAGAUGAAUCGGCGUGUCUGUUUGGCUUUGGGGGGAUGGCGUACCUUCACGCGAACAUAGGCCGGGUUGAGACUGUGGAGAUCGGCACCUUGCUGAUAUCUUUCUCUUCCCUACGCCCAGCCAGGAGACAUGAAAUAAGAUACUCUUCCAGCAUGCCUCGGCCCCAAGGUGUUGUUUGAUACCCGCAGCAAGAAGUAUUUGAGAGCGUCGGGAGGAGCGGGAGGGGCGUCAGACCCUCCCGCCCCUGCCGACGCCUCCAACUCUCUCCGAAAUGGAUGGUCUAGGCCUUCGUGCAGCAGCGAAUGCCAGAAGGCUGGUGCACUCAUCUUCCGCGGCACAAGCUCAUCGUAGCGUCGCUUGAUCGUAGGCCACUCUGCCAGGACUGUCGUCAUCUCAGAAGCAGCAGGAGCCUCUUUCUGACGGGGAGGCACUGAACUUGAUCGCUGGGCUUCGCGCAUUUCUUCCCGUAUUUGCCAGCUACUUGUCUCCUCCCACUGACGUGUCUCCUCUUCAUCAGCCUCCUCUUCCGUGUUGGCUUCAUUGUCAAAGUCCCCAGGCUGUGCAUAGUCCUCCUCAUCACUCAGGUACAGGGAUAGCCGCGUCACCCCAUCAUGGCCUGUCUCUUGCACAAGACUCCCCCUCUUGCCGAGCUCAGAUGUCGGGAAGCAGACGGGCUCGGCGUCCAUGCCAUCAUCUUCGUCAAUUGGGGCCCACAGCGAUGUCCGAUGCUCAGCACUCGUGAACAAAACACCCUCUCUCCCGAAGCUGCAGACGACAGGUCAACAUGAAUUCCCCACCUCUCCCGUGAGCAGUGCCCUCCAUGAAUUCCCUCUCACCGGCUGCAGACGACAGCGUCGUCGAAGCUGCUCACAUCGGUGGAAGCCACUGAGACGCGGUGCACGGCCGAUGCGUCGAUGACAGAGAGCCGGCUCUGUCUGCCGGCAGGUCUGAUUGACAGCCUGUACUGGUCCAUCAAGGCGGCAGCGUUUGUCCAAUCCCUUUCCGAUGCGAAGAGAAAGGCAACGCACUCCAAGCCAGCUGCGGAAGAUGGGGGCUUGAGGGAUACGAUCAGGAACAGCUGGGAAUGCUUGAUCCUCAUCUUGGUAGCGGACUCCACCUGAGGAUCAAGCAAGAUGAGACAGAACGGUAGCGGCUGUAGUCGUACCACCUGUGCUGUUCAGCUGAGGUUGUACCUCUGUAUGGCGAAAGGAAAUGACGGUCUUCUUGUCUGCGGACAGCGUCCAUUCAACUUGGUCAUCGGUAAUGGCCAGAAUGCCGUCUGCACCCUGGUGUCGACAGGGGAAAGACCUUUCCGCAAGACGUCGCUUUGCGUCGGCAUCCCCGUUCGCUCUGCUUUGUGCUCUCCGGGUGUCCUUCUUCUGGGGCUUCAUACAGCUGCAGCCUAUCACCGCGAUAGAAGCAGUCCCCACGCUUGAGUCGACCUGUGUUGAUCUAGACCAUACCCACCGUAUGGUCUAAGCAGAGCACAAGACAACCAACU